AUGGCUCCCACUACAUCAUCAAAUCUCUUCCCUCGCCAAGGUUUCGGCGGCGACGGCAACGGUCCAGGCGAUUUCGGCGACCACAGGGAUGGUCCAGGAGGCAAGGGCGUCUCGACCUGGGCAAUCCUGGGUAUAGUGAUCGCCAUCGCCGUCAUCGGACUCAUCGUCGCCUUCAUCAUCUUCAGACGCAUUCACCGUCGUCGUCGCAUGCGCAGAACCGCGCACACCCCGACCAUCACCCUCCACCCACCCUCAUCAACCACCACCACCACCCACCCCAACGAUCCCUCGAAAUACAGCGCCAGUGGAGGCUACACCGCGACGGCAGACCAGAACCACUCGCUGCUCGGAAACGCCGAGGCCCCCGCGAUCGUGAUGUGGGAUCAUCCCGGCAGCGCAUCCGAAUCCCACGCCGACUCCACGCAGGACGGCUUCGGGUACGACAACAGCCUGAAUCUCGUGCAGCGGCCCGCCAGCGUGGCCAGUUUCUCCGCCCCGCCGCCUAGGUACGAGGAAGCCACAGGUGGAAACAAUGCUGGAGGACUCCGACCGCAAGGCGUGGGCGAGGCCGCGAGCUACUACUACAACAACUACAACAACAACAACAACAACAACAACACACCAGCGCGGGAGCGCGGACGCAGUCUCACCAGGGAAGCUCCCUCGGAGGGGGGUCAGGGGUCGGGGAGACCGCGCGCCCUGAGCGUCGAUCAGCGAAGCGUCAAUGGGGAUCGGAGACGGAGUUUCUCGCGGUUUCGGGAGGAGGGCAUGGUCGAUGUCGAUACGAAAAGCUGA